AUGUUGUAAUCUGUCAAUUUAUUUAUUCCAGGUUUUCUCAGGAUGUGGCUGGUGGGAUGGAACUGAUGUCCACGAGGGUGUGUACACUAUGUACCACUUGAGCCGAAAUGGCGCUCGCUUUCAGAUGUUUGCUCCAAAUCAACAGCAGAUGCAUGUGAUGGACCACAUAAAAAGGCAACCUGCCUCUGGUGAGAACCGGAACAUGAUGAUGGAGUCAGCUCGCUUCAGUCAUGGUCAGGGAAAGAUGCAAAUGCAGGACCUGUCCAUGCUGGAUGUUAACAACUUUGAUGCUGUCAUCUUUCCUGGAGGUCAUGGAAUCACCAAGAAUCUAUCCUCUUUUGUGAAAGAUGGCAAAGACUGCAAGCUGCAGAAUGAUGUGGAAAGGGUGCUUAAAGAUUUCCAUCGUUCACGCAAACCUAUUGGACUGUCCAGCAUGGCCCCCGUGCUGGCCUGCCGUGUGCUGCCCAGCAUCGAGGUGACCAUGGGCUAUGAGCGAGAUGAGAGCACUCGCUGGGGAAACUGGCCACACACAAGCAUGGUGCAGGCUGUGAAAAGCAUGGGCGCACGCCACAAUGUCCGCGAGCCAUAUGAAGCCUAUGUGGAUGAGAAGAACAAAGUGGUUAGCACUCCGUCCUUCAUGUGGGAGACAGACUAUCACUAUCACUAUAUUUUUGAUGGGAUUGGAAAUAUGGUCAAACAUGUCAUGCGUAUGUCGACCAAGUGAGGUCACAUUUUAAGCUUGGAAAGAAAAUCCAUAAUGUUGAUGGUGACUUGCAAAGUUCACCUCUGUAUUGCAAUGGAUACUUUCCUGAUAUAAUAUAUAGAAUAGAGAUGCUUUAAUUAAAAAGGCAAAAUAUUGUGUGAUUCAUGGUUAUUUUAGGAAAGCAUGUGACACAUGUAGAGAACAUCUCCACAUCUUGGAAGCCAGUGGUUCAGUUUCUGUCUACUUUGAUUCAUGAUUUCUGUCUUUAGACAGUUUGUUCAUAAUUACAGGGAACAUCUCAGUAAUUCUCCAAGUUAAUCAUAACAUACUGCAUGAAAACAGCUGCUUGUUUGAACUGUGAAAGAGAACCAAAACAUUUCAGUACACCAAGAUGGAAAAAAAACAGUGACUGAGUUUUAGGGCAUAAGAAGGAUUAAUUAGAGUGGAUUCUCAAAAUCUCAUUAGAAGCGGGGAAAAUAUGCUGUUGCUAAAUUAAAUCUCUGAAAUAAAACUUUAAACUUAAAUGCUAAUGACUGUUAUUGCAUGUGCUGCUCAAAGUAUAUCUCACUACUGAAGCCUGAGGUGAGACAGUGAUUCAUCUUUCUUCAGGAGGAGAGGCUCUCAAAGUGGCUGUGGUAUGAUGAAAUAAGGGAGUGGGAAUUCAUGUGCAUUCAUGUUCUGGUAUACAUUGGUACCUCAUAGUUUGUGAACACUUGAAUUGUUGUAUUUAUGCACAAAUUUGCCCAGUUUCAAGAGUAGAUAAAGAAAAUCCAGUAAAACAAGUGAAGCUGUGACAUUAGAAAUGAUCAUUUACUUAUAAACAUAACACACUUCCUGUCCUUCCACAAUAUUUCUAUUUGAUUAUAGUGAGGCAUUUGACUUGGUAAUAAAAC